CAAAUUUUCAAUUCAUUUUCCUCCCAACCCCUCUUCCUAGUUCCUCCUCUUCUCUCCUCCUUUUCCACCUCCACCUGCAUUCCCUAUCAAAACCCUAGAUCUCAAAUCUAGGGUAUUGUUCUUACUUCACAUUUUCCCUUGCAAUUCUAGCCUCUCUGUUACUACCUCAGCUUCUGAUUCUUCUGCAUUUUGCUUUCCCUCUUCUGGGUCCCUGUGGCUGCCGCUGUUCUAGCUCUGUACAUCACUUGUUUCUGGGUAAAGAUCAAAUUUUUACUGGGUUUUUUCAGAUUCUUCUCAGCUUGAACAAAAACCCUUCCUAAACCCCAGUCCCCUAGCUCACUGGGUUACUCCAUCUUCAAGAUUUGGGGUUAAAGUUCUGAUCUUUACCCCCUCUUCUUGACUUCUGAGACCUCCAAAAUUGGGGCAAAGCUUUUCAAGGUUCAACCUUUGAAGUUGUUUCUGAGUGACUAGUCUGCUUGGUAAAUGCAUGGAUGGGAGAGAAGCCAUGGCCAUCUCUGGUGCUCAAGCUUCAUACUACAUCCAUAGAGGAGGCCAUGGUGGGUCUUCUCCUGGAUCACAGAUUGCUGGGCUGCAUGCACCACCUGGGUUCAGGCCCAACAACAACAACAACAACAACAACAACACUGCCUUCCAGCAGCAGCAACAACAACCUCAGUCUAAUGUGAGAUCAACAUUCUCAGCUGAGCCUUCAAGACCCAAUUACCCUCAUGACAUUAGCACAGGUGUUUCCCCCGGAGCCCCUUCAGGUGAGACUGUAAAGAAGAAACGAGGGAGGCCCCGGAAAUAUGGGCCUGGGACUGGUCUUGGUUCUGGUUCUGGACAGGGUCCUGAUACCCCGGUUUCGCUGGCAUUGUCUCCAAUGUCUUCCACUCCUAAUCCUACUACUCCAGGAUCAACCUCUCCGACUCCGAAAAGAAACAGAGGAAGGCCACCUGGGACUGGCAGGAAACAGCAGUUGGCUAAUCUUGGGGAAUGGAUGAACAGUUCGGCUGGACAGGCCUUUGCACCCCAUGUUAUCACCAUCGAAGCUGGAGAGGAUAUUGUAGCAAAGUUAUUGUUAUUUUCGCAACAGAGACCUAGGGCACUAUGCAUCUUGUCAGGAAAUGGAACAGUAUCUUCAGUAGCACUGCGUCAUCCUGCAUCAACUGGUGUCAGUGUCACAUAUGAGGGUCGUUUCCAGAUAUUAUGCUUGUCAGGUUCUUACUUGGUUGCUGAGGAUGGUGGCCCCCGCGAUCGAACAGGGGGGAUAAGCAUUUCCCUAUCAAGUUCUGAUGGUCAUGUCAUUGGUGGUGCUGCGGCUAUGCUUAUUGCAGCAACUCCAGUGCAGGUUGUGCUUUGCAGUUUUGUAUAUGGUAGCUCCAACAAGAUCAAGAACAAGCCAGUGGCUGGCCCCAAUAGCAGCGAGAGUUCUGAUCCUCAGCACAGUGAGAAGUUACCUUCACCGUCUACAACUCCACCUACCCAAAAUUAUGCUCCAUCUACAGCAGGUAUUUGGCCUGGGGGGCGGCUAGUUGAUGCAAGAAAUGCUCACACGGGUAUUGAUUUGACUCGCGGAUGAAGAUAGUGCUGCAACACACAUGCACCAGUUUUGUAUAUAUGUGUUGUUGUAAAUCAAUUGAAUCUGUGAGAAUUGUUCAAGUCUGCUAACAUAAUCUGUGGCAAAAGCUAGUUUGAGGAAAGUUUCAGGUAAUGUGGGGUCCAAGUAGUGUGGGGAUUAAGACACAUCUCAUCUGUAGCAAGAAAUUCUUUCAGCCUUUUAAUUGAAACUUCCUAUGAAA